AAGAUGAGCACCAGGGGUGCUGGCUGUAUGAUGACCCACAGCUGUGCUCCAGGUCUCUGCGGGCCCUAUGCUUUAUUCUUCGAGCUCGAGUUUCGAGCAAUGAUCACAGGGCCAACUAGUCUUUCCACCCUUUCUGAGUAGAGUGUUGCGCUUGUUUAUUUGAGCCAGGGUCAGCUCCUGAUGGUAAGCAGAUUCUAGAGCAACUGUAAAGCGGUUGGGGAACAAUGAGCAACAUCUGUUGGGGGACAACCCAUAGAGGAGCACAACCCUGACUGGGGAGGAGCUCCACAGCCUGUGGAAGAGUACCACCCAAGCUGAGGAGUGCAGCAAAGCGGAAGAGAACUUGGGAGCAGUGCAACUUCCUACGGGUUGAGUUAAAGGUGUCAGAGAAUGAGCACAGCAGAUAAAGGUUAGCAGUUGACAGGCCGGAUAUUCCUGGGCGAGAGCGCAGCCCCGUUAUUCCAAUCCCUUGAAUUGAGGCCCCGCCUCACUGCCAACCGAUUGGCCUAGUCAGCAUCACCUUGAGUCACUGGCCCUCCGGGAGUGGCCUGGCCACGCCCACUUGUGUCGCCUGGCUCACUUUAGUUUCAGGAUUGUUGCGUCUGUUCACUUAGCUCAAAAGCAGCUCCCUGGAGGCCUGGCGCUCAGUUUUCCCUUCAUUCUGGUAACAUGACGGCGGAACCUCUCGCGCCGGACGCAAAGCCUCCCCGCCGCAGGAGGAAGACCUCCACUUUCUGGUGGUGCUUCCUGGGCCUCUGCACAGAGGCCCUUUUGUUCCUGCUGUCUACUUUAUCUGAUGCUUGUGAACUACCACCACCAUUUGAAGCUAUGGAACUCAAGGGUGUGCCUAAACUCUAUUAUGAGGUUGGAGAGACAAUAGAAUAUAAGUGUAAAAAAGGAUACCUAUAUAUGCUUCCAUUCCCCAUGUUUGCUACCUGUGAACCAAAUCACACAUGGGUCCCUAUUUCAGAUGACGGUUGUCUUAAAGUAGAAUGUCCAACAUUAAAGAACCCUUCAUUUGGCAAUGUACACUACAUGGAUGGCAGACCUUCAUGGGGUAAUCGAGCUCAAUUUUCUUGUGUGGAGGGUUAUUACUUAAUUGGUAUGUCAGUUCUACACUGUGUGCUUAAAGGUGAUGCUGAUGCACACUGGGAUGGUCCUCCCCCACGUUGUGAAAAAAUCUCUUGUGUGCCACCUCCAAAAAUAAAGAAUGGGACACACACCUUUAGUGAUAUUGAUGUAUUCAGAUACCGUGAAGCAGUGAUUUACAGUUGUGAUCCUAUCUCAGGGCCAGAUAAGUUUUCCCUUAUUGGAAUGAGCAUGCUGAUCUGUACUGGCCAGAACACCUGGAGCAGCCAGGCUCCAGAGUGUAAAGUGGUAAAAUGUCCAUUUCCACUACUACAAAACGGAAGACAGAUAGCAGGAUUUGAAAAGAAAUUUUCCUAUGAAGCAACAGUGACAUUUGAAUGUGAGGAGGGUUUCUACAUGAGGGGCAGGGACACGGUGGUCUGCAAUGCUAACAGUACUUGGGAGCCUCCAAUCCCAAUAUGUAUUAAAGGUCCUAAGCCUACUUAUCCCACCAAGCCUCCAGUUUACAAUUACCCAGGAUAUCCUAGUCCCCGUGAAGGAAUAUUUGGCCAAGAAUUAGAUGCAUGGAUUAUUGCUCUGAUUGUUGUUACUUCAAUUGUUGGACUUGUUGUAAUUUGUCUCAUCCUACUCAGAUAUCUUGAGUACAGGAAGAAAGGGAAAGCAGAGCUGAAAGCUAAGCAUUCCACUCACCAGAAAAAGUCAGCUUCAACCAUACAAUCAGAGAAAACUCCAUCAAUGAUACAAACUCCAAGAAGCAAUUUGUCUGAUGCCUCUAAUAUGACUGCAGCUGCAAGAAAAUGAGAAGCUCCAUGUGUGGAAGUCACUACUGCUCCAUCUUUGAAAAUUGGUUCUUCAAGUCUGGCAAAAGUAAAAUUAUAUAUUUGAAGGAACUUCAUUUAUGGUAAUGUGUGUGUGUAUGUGUAUUUCUAGUGUAAAUAAAAUAGGGUUCUAACUGCCAUCUGAGUGUAACCUCUCUACCGUCUCCUCACAUCCCAGCCCCUCCAGCUUACCAAGGGUUCAACACAGCCCUAAGUGCCCAUGUCCAGAGCAAAAUGUUCAGUGAUGUUUCCUGCUGGAAGAAGGCCAUGUUUCCAAGCAUGACCAGACCUUCUGAUUCCAACUCUUUUCCCUGUACUUCACA